UGAUAACUUCAAUCAAUACCCAACUGGCCCCACAUUCCCACCAAUGAAAACCUUUAUUAUAUAAUUUCAUCUUUGCCACUUUCUCUCUCCUCUGCAACUCAACAUCUUCUCUUCCGAAUCCGACAUCCUCGUAAAAAAAACACAAACUUGAGACCAACCCAUCUCAACAUUCGCUGUCAUACUGCCAAUUGUCACAAAAAUAAUAUACUCCUAUUACUAUAAGAAAGAAGAAGAAAAAAAAAAUGCCAUCUCAGAUCCUUCCCAUAACCAAUUUUCAACCACCAAAGAAGCCUCUUUUUUCUUCUUCUUCUUCUUCUUCUUCAGCUUCAACAAUGUUGCUUAAAGAUAUUGAUGACCCUUUAACUAGUCUUUUAAUCUCUUCUUCAUUCAAAGACAAUAACAACGCGAUCAUGUCCGUUAAACCUCUUCUAUCAAAGGCUUCAAGCUUCAACAACUCAAUUGGUAGUGGUGGUGGUGGUGGUGUUUCUUGUUUCUAUCAGAAAAGACGAAGGCGUGCUGCUAGUGAUGAUUCAUUAUCUUGUGUUUCUAAUGGAAGUUCUGAGAGAUCUUCUUUUGGUCGUGAUGUUAGACAUGUUGCUUCUGAAACUUUUCUUGUCACUCGUCUUGCAUUGAAGAUGUUGACAUAUCUUGGGGUAGGCUAUAAAUGGAUUACGCAAUUCCUUGCUCUUGGAUGUUAUGCUCUACUGCUUUUACCAGGCUUUAUUCAAGUUGGAUAUCAAUAUUUCUUCUCUAGUCAGAUACACAGAAGUAUAGUUUAUGGAGAUAAACCACGAAAUAGGCUUGACUUGUUUUUGCCUAAAAAUAGCGACGGGCCAAAACCAGUUGUUGCUUUCAUUACUGGUGGAGCCUGGAUUAUUGGUUACAAAGCAUGGGGUUCUCUUUUAGGUCAACAGCUUUCGGAGAGAGAUAUCAUUGUAGCAUGCAUAGAUUACAGAAAUUUUCCUCAAGCAACCAUCAGUGAUAUGAUAGAUGAUGCUUCGCAGGGUAUCUCAUUUAUAUGCAACAACAUUGCAGAAUAUGGAGGUGACCCUAACAGAAUUUACCUAAUGGGGCAGUCAGCUGGGGCACAUAUUGCAGCGUGUACAAUGGUGGAACAGGCAAUCAAAGAGGCUGGUGAAGGAGAGAGUACUUCUUGGAGUCUUUCCCAGAUUAAGGCUUAUUUUGGUUUAUCUGGAGGGUAUAAUUUGUUUAACCUAGUAGACCACUUCCAUAGUAGAGGCCUUUAUCGUUCCCUCUUUUUAAGCAUAAUGGAAGGGGAGGAAUCACUGCGGCGGUUUUCUCCUGAAGUAAUGGUUCAAGAUCCAAACUUUGGAAAUGCUGUUUCUCUACUACCUCCUAUAGUUCUUUUUCAUGGCACCGGAGAUUAUUCUAUUCCGUCAGAUCAAAGUGUAUCAUUUGCUGACACUCUUAAAAGAUUUGGAGUUAAAGCAGAAUCAAUUUUAUAUGAAGGGAAGACUCAUACAGAUGUGUUUCUACAGGAUCCUAUGAGGGGUGGAGAUGAUGACAUGUUUGAUGAUUUAGUAGCAUAUAUUCAUGCUGGCGAUGCCGAGGCCCUUUCUAGAGAUGCAACAGCUCCUCCAAGGAAACGGCUUGUACCAGAAUUCAUGUUAAAAUUGGCUCAUACAGUCAGUCCUUUCUAGCCAACAAACGUAGUUGAUUUUAUUCAUUUUUGUUUUGUACAUAACCAUUAUUGUUGUGGCUUGCUAGAUUACUUAUCAACUUGGUAGGUUUAGAAGACUCUCCAUUAGUAUUUGAGGAUUCAACAUUUCACACUACUGUUAUUUCUGGAAACACCAAUAGGAACAUAGUCGUUAGGUAUAGUGAAUGAAAAGUUGUAACAACUUAGGUUUAGGAUUCUUCUGUAAGACUGUAACACUUAUCAUCUGUAUUUUGAUUUCAAUCUGUUCAACCUUGCUUCCAUUUGUUAAAAAUGUCCCAACAUAUUGUAAUGGUGAUUUUUUA